GCCCCAGCGCCCGGCCCGAGUGAGAGGUUCCGGAGCCCGGGCACGGGCGGGGUCGCGGUAUAGACGCUGCCGGCCAGCCCGUCCCAGCCCGCUCCGCACGGCCUCGGGAGCUUCAGCUGCCCUCUGGUGUGCAGAAUUUCAAGAAAAUCAGAUGGCAUCCGGAGAUUUCUGCUCACCUGGAGAGGGGAUGGAAAUACUCCAACAAGUGUGCAGCAAACAGCUUCCUCCUUGUAACCUGAGUGAAGAGGACCUGUUACAGAACCCGUACUUCAGCAAACUGCUGCUGGGUCUCUCACAGCACAUGGAUGAGAGCGGCUUAAGCCUCACCCUGGCAAAGGAGCAGGCUCAGGCAUGGAAGGAAGUUCGACUGCAUAAGACAACAUGGCUGAGGUCUGAGAUUUUACAGAGAGUCAUUCAAGAGCUGCUUGUGGACUACUAUGUGAAGACACAAGACACAAAUUUAACUUCUGAGGACAAAAAGUUUCAUGAGACCCUUGAACAGCGGCUGCUCGUGACUGAACUGACACGACUGUUAGGUCCCAGCCAGGAGAGGGAAAUGCCUCCACUGCUGGGGCUGGAGAAGGCGGACCUUCUGGAGCUCAUGCCCUCCUCAGAGGAUUUUGUGUGGAUGAGAGCUCGGCUCCCACUGGAUGUGGAGGAGCAGCUCAAGAAGAAAUGUUUCACCCUGCUCUGCUACCAUGACCCCAAUUCAGAUUCCGACAGUGAAACCUUGAAGGCAGCAAAGGUGUGGAAACUGGCGGAGGUCCUGGUGGGUGAGAAGCAGCAAUGCCAGGAUGCCAAGAGCCAGCAGAAGGAGCAGACGGUGCUGCUCGAGAAGAAGAGUGCCACCUACUCCCAGGUACUUCUGCGCUGCCUUGCCUUGCUGCAGAGGCUUCUUCAGGAGCACCGGCUUAAGACUCAGUCUGAGCUGGACCGCAUCAAUGCCCAGUACCUGGAGAUCAAGUGCAGUGCCAUGAUCCUUAAGCUGAGGAUGGAGGAGCUGAAAAUCUUGUCUGACACUUACACUGCCGAGAAGGUGGAAGUUCAUCGUCUCAUUAGGGACCGUUUGGAGGGGGCCAUUCGCCUACAAGAACAGGACAUGGAGAAGUCCCGACAGGUCCUGAGCACCUAUGAGGUCCUUGGGGAGGAGUUUGACAGGCUGGUAAAAGAGUACACUCAACUCAAGCAGGCAGCUGAGAACAAGCGCUGGGCCCUCCGGGAGUUUAACAAGGCCUGUCGCUGAGCGCUGCCUGGUGGGGUUCCGGCGGCGGACUUCCGCACGGGUGCUGCCUCCCCCUCCUCCUGCUGAAAGGAUCACCUCCACCUGAGGCCCACUUUCACUCCGGGAGUGUGGGGACGCUUGCUUGAAACACUGCAAUGGGUUAGGCACCGUCCUGGUUUUUCUUCCUUGUUUACAGUGACUGAGUCUCUUCUGGGAAAUGGAGCAGAUUUAUAUAAUUCUCUGUGCAGCUAUUUGUCAGUGUUAGCCCUGUAUUAUAGUUGAUUAUCUCCUGAAUAAAGUGAUGAUGCUUCCUUUGGGCACGGAUGAAAAAAACAUCAAAGACUAGAUGGGUAAGGAGGGGAACUGAGUGGAUCCAGAUGAACAGAUGUGUAAUGCUUAUGCUAGGAGUGGGAGGUGGGAGUGCCGGCUUGCCCACCUGGAGUCUUAGAGGCUUCAUUCUUGGAGAGCAGACAUGGAUUAAAUCUGGCCUUGCUCUUGAAGAACUGUAAUAUCCAGAGGAGGGCUGGAGGCCACGGUGGGUAGGGGACGAUUUCUGUCACCCCGGCUGUUCGUGGGGCAGUUAGGAUAAAGCAGCAGGACAUCCAGCCCUGCUGGAUGUCCAGCAGGACAUCCAGGGAGAGACACAAGCCACUUGUGUUCCCAGUUCCCGUGGUGUGGUUUGAGGGUUACUUUUUUCUCUGAAAGCAGAGAGUGGGAAGAAAUUGCCCUGUGUGGUUUGAGGGUUACUUUUUUCUCUGAAAGCAGAGAGUGGGAAGAAAUUGCCCCGUGUGGUUUGAGGGUUACUUUUUUUUUCUGAAAGCAGGGAGUGGGAAGAGAUCGCCCCAAGGAACCAAGUUUCACAGCCCACUUAGCUUAGAACAAGGCAGGGCCCUGAUGGCAUCAAAGUCGGGGACUGAGAACAGAAGCAGAAGAUCUCCACCCUUACUUAUAAGAGCCUACUCACCUUCUCAAACUACUUUCAAGGGAGACUAUUUUGAGGUGUUCUGCUACAAUAAAUAAUGAUGGUCUUGGAUUGGUUUAUAGGAAAAACUAAGGUCUUUAACAUAAUUUAGAUUUUUUUCUAUAAAUGGUGCUUACUGUCAUUUAUCUAAAGGAAAUGUUGGCCCACACAAAAUUCACAAAUCACAAACAGAUUAAUGGAAAAAGUCAGAAAUAGUCAAUAUUGCUUAGUUCUAUACUUUUUCUUUUCUCCAUUUUUGGGGUAGAGUUUCAAACCUACAGAAAAAUUAAAAGAAUAGUACAAUAAACACCAGUAUAGUCUUAACAACCCAGAUUCAACAAUUAUUAACAUUUUGCUUUUCUCUCUCUCCUCUCCCUCCUACCACUCUCUCUAUAUAGACUGAUAAAUCUAUAGUUGUACAGACUUUUUUCUUCCAGAGCCAUUGUAUAGUAAGUUACAGAUGUGAUACAUCAUUCCCUAAAUACUUAAGCAGGCAACUCUUAAUAAAGGCAUUCCUCUGUAUAAGUAAUAAAAUUAUUAUCCCUAAAAAUUAAUAAUUUCAUGAUAUCUAUUAUAUAGGUCAUAUUAAAAUUUCCCUAAUUUGUUUUCUUCGUCUAGGGUCCAUUGAAGGUCUGGGUAUUACAUUUGGAUGUUAGGUUUGUUUU